AUGGAAGUCGAUGUUCUUUCACCUCAACUACGUAUGCGCUCGAUAUCGAAUAAACGGUCCCGCUCACCUGGGUCACCGGGUUUAGUGGAGAGGGCGUCGAAACGAGCGAUGGUAAUUCAAUGCGAGAGUGUUUCUCAGGCUUCGUGCAGGGUUGGAGUGCAGCAGGAACUUACAGUGGCGGGAAAACCGCGUUCAGUGCAUGAAGAUGAAUGGGUACACCAGACGCGAGGGAUGACGAUACAUAGUCCUUCUCUGGGUGAAGGAGUGCUCUCACUUGCCUCCUCGGCUGAUGAGGCGCUCACGGAAAACUCCAGAACGGAUGUACAGAUGAGUGGUGCCGACGAUGCUUCCCGCACGGAAACUGAAACUCGGCGACAAGAGGCCUAUCAACAACAAAAACUACCUACACCUGACUCGGAUCAUCCGCUGGGAGCCAAUACAGAUGCGGAGGAUUUUAGUAUGCGAUCUCCUAUGGCUUCGCAGUCUCUCGAUGCUGUGGUUCCUCCUUCUCAUUCCCCAUUAUUAUGUCUUCCCGGUCAAGACGGAGAACAUGGAUCUAUUGCUAUUUUCUCCGAUAGUACGGCGUUAGAAAAUCCACCUCCACAUAGUGCACCGCCAACCAUCACUUUACAUCCUGCAACACCCUCGACGCCCACCGAUGGUCCGAGGAAUCCGUACUCGCUCACGUUUUCUCGGUCUUCGUCACCUCCACUUACAAGCGCGUUUGACGAGUCGCCGUCUUCGCCCAUGUCGAUUACUGGGGACAGCUUUUCGUUGUCAUCGUCGUCGACUUUGACGUCUCAAUGGAAGAGCAAUAUUCAGAGGAAAUAUCCCGUCCUUUCGAUGGGCCCGCGCGCGGAUUGUGAAAAGUGUCGAAUGAAGGAACCUGGACACUAUAUGCAUAUUUGACUAACUUGCGUUGGACAUAAAUAAGGAAGACCUCAAAUUCUUCCGCGCUCUGGCUUGGUAUUUUCUUGCAUUUCUUUCCUUUCUUUCGUCUUCGUUUCACAAAUUGUUGCUGCAUACAUGGUUACAGUAUUGUUGUUUUCUUUUCACUCACUUAUUGCGAUUCAUUUCCUCCUUGUGCACUUUUUACUUCCAUCACUUCGUCAACUAUUUCACCACACAACUUACAGAGAUUUACUCAAAGAAAGCAUUCCCGCCAUCUCACUUCACGCC